GACGGCAAAAAGCCUCCGGCUGUUUGUAACUGUAACCUGACUAACCUGACGGUGAAUCAAGAUUCUCAAUUCUCCGGUGCCGUGAAAAAUUUAGAAAUGAAGCUGGAUAAAAUUCUUGCACAGAAUGUGGAUACAAAAAUACAAAAACUUCUCGAAAGGAAUUCAAAAAUACAGCUGGACAAACUUAUUGGACUCCUCAACAAAACUGCCCCUCCAGACGUUGUGACUACGACAUCGUCGAACGAGACCGAUAACUGCGACAGCACCCUCAAGAAGAUGGAAACGAACCUGGAAAAACUUAUCAUUAAAACGCUGGAAACGAAGCUGGAAAAACUGCUCCAACAGAAUUUGGAAACAAAGCUGGAAAGACUUACUGCACUAAUAAACAAGACUGGAGAUCCAGAAAUUGAAACCAAAUCGUUGAACGCGACCUGCGACGCUGCCCUCAAGAAGUUAGAAACAAAGCUGGAAAAAAUAAGAAUACUGACCAACAAGGCCUACUUGUCAGGUAAAGCAACCUAAGUAUUUCUAAAGAAAGUUUGGCAUAUUGAUGAAUUUUGUCUUAUAAUCUAACUAGGGUUUCAUAUAUACACGUUUUUUUUUUUGGCAGCCAUUUCCUCUUCCUCCUCUUGCAAGGAACUGUUCGAUAUGCACAAGUAAGUAAUCAUUCCAUUCAACGCUUAGUUUGCUGCAUGUUAAAAUCAGUGUAAUCCACGUUUUCAUUUCAGCUUUUUAUUAAAAGGCAUUCGAGUAUGUAGUUUUAAUGCAAAAAAUCGAAUCAUCGGAACAAAAAAUGGAGACGAACGGAGUUAUCAAAGUAAAAUUAACAAAUAGAUAUCAGAAAAUGAUGACAAAAAGAUUAAAUAAUCCAAAUCAUUACACAAUUUGUGAUUAUCCAGUGACAAAAAUCGAACUGUGCUCUCAAUUGAAAAACAAAAACUGAAAGCAAACACUUCAGUGGACAUAAUCAGAUUAUUAGAGUCGCACAUUAGACGUAAAGGCAAUCGAUUUUCGACUUGUUGUGUUGUUUGUUUUCGGUUUACCUUUAGUCUUGAAUUCCGGACGAAUCAAUGCACUUGAAUACCUAUAGCCGUUUUCGAUUUAAUGUACUUUUAAUUACUUGACAGCACUCGGAAGUAGAACACAACUUUAAGUCUACGGUUGUGAUCACCUCCAUUUGAAUAACAAAAAUACAUUGUUUGACGUUCAUUCAUAGACGACAUAUUUUUGACUAUCCACUGAUUUCUUCUCCAAUAGCUUUACGACAAGUCGUGUGCAUACGCUGAAGUUUGGUUCGCAAAAGAUCCCCGUUUACUGUCACAUGGGAGACUUUGGAUGCGGAGAUGGAGGAUGGACUCUGGCCAUGAAGAUUGACGGCACAAAGGUACAUUUCUUAAGCGUCACCCCAUGUUUGUGAUAUUGAUAUUAAUUUUCUAAUUUCCGUUUUCAGAAAACUUUUCACUACGAUUCUCACUUCUGGAGCGACAAAAAGCCAUACAACUUUGCCGGAGGAAGGACCGGGUUUGAUUCACAAGAGACCAAGUUGCCAACCUACUGGAACACAGCCUUCUCCAAGAUCUGCCUGGGUAUGAAGAUCGGCCACCAAUUACGGUUCGUUACUGUCAACAAGUACGCCAGUUCGUUGUACUCUCUGAUCGCUGACGGGCGAUACCGCGCCACCUCACUGGGUCGUAACAAGUGGAAGACGAUGAUUGGUUCACAGGCCUCCUUACAGACCAACUGUAACAAGGAAGGGUUUAACGCUAUCUGCGGCUGUAAACGAUGUUCUAAAGCAAGAAUUGGUAUCACCAGUAAUGAAAACAACGAUUGUCACACGUGUGACUCCAGGAUCGGGUUUGGCACUGGGGGAAUCCCCGAUAACAGCAGUACAUGUGGGAAUGAGGCUUCUUAUUCACCAGACAAUGGAGACAAGCACAUCAAGACUAUGGGUUACAUCUUGGUUCAGUAAUAAAAGCUAAUAAAGCACUGAACUUGUCAUAAGCGCUGCCCAUUAUCUAUGUAGAUUGCUAGUUGUUCAGAAGAUAAAAAUCCAUAAGGGCGCAUAAACCCAUUGAUUUUUUUUGUUGCGUGAUCACAAUAAACUGAUAAGAAAAGCUAACUGAAUUGAACUUGUCACUGUCAUUCAAAUGAAUAAGUGAUACUUAGUGUACAAGGAGUAAUGGACCGCGUUCUGACAGCGAAUGUGAAGUAAGGAUUAAAAGCGUUUCGUAAAUAAUAAAGUACAUUGCAUCAUUUCUCAUUUCUCAGAAUCGAAAAAGAAAAUUACAGGGUAAAUUUGCAUAAGAAAAAGGUUAAGACUAUGCUUGAUCUUCGAUUUAAAGGGCAACUUAAAAAUUGUGCUUUCAGAUUUUUGUAAGUCAGAGUAUUCGGUGCUUAGACAGCUAAUUCCAGUUCUCAAAGUUGGUCAAAUAACUAGCCUGCAUGCAAAUCUCUCCUAAUUCCGCUUUUACUUCGUGUACCGGACACAAACGACGUAAAACGAAAGACCUCUAUGUUUUCUCCGGUGCACGAAGUAAAUGCCCCUAUUUUCUUUGUUGCAGAAAUAGGAGGCGUAUGCGCGCUGGCUGCUACCAAAUGAAAAGGUUGUGUGGUACUACUUUCGACGCCUGCUACCUUAUUGGUACUUAAUUUCGCGAUUUUGGCGCGACAGUAUUUCGCGGGGUUUUAUUUUCGAGAUUUCAACAAGUAAACAUGAAAAAUGGGCAUUAAAUUUCGCGAUUUAAGCUUUCUCAUCUCCUUUUCUUUUGGUAAAAAGUAUGAACCUUUAAGAAAACUAGAUAAACUGGAACAAGCAAUGUGUGAAAUCUUUGCAAACUAACUUCAUUUCACCCUGACAACAGACGAUAUAAAAUGGAGCUUACCAGUAAAACCAGAAAGCAAUUUGUGUUUGUCGAUACCUAUCGUUGUUAUUACAUGUCAAUUGUUAUUUGAAUUUCCUAUAUGCCUUUGGGUAUUAAAUUUCGCGAGGAUUUAUUUUCGAGGGUCAUUAAUUUCUCGAUUUUUCUGGAAUUUAGUAGAAUUAGAAUUAGAAUACCUAUAGCGAGACGACGUUUUCAUCAUGUUCCUGGUCUGUUCAGUCUCUUUAGUUUUAUUUUGGUCAACAAGGAAGUGGUAGCGUAGUGACAAUGGUAUUAAUUUUUCUGGCACUCUUUCCUCAGUAAUUUCAAUAUAUCACUUCUCUUAUAUUUUCUACUGUUUCUCAAGUGGCAAAGAUGUUAAAAACAUCCGAAUGCAAGCUUCAAGCAGUUUUCAGUUUUUCUUUCGGAGAGUAGUUGUUGAGCGAGGGAAACAACCAUGAAUGCUGAAAACUUCCACGUGCGAGUAGCAUAACGCGCGUGGAGAAGCUCGGUGUGAGUCCAUCUGCUUUUCCCACUCUCGUGGCGAUCUUUCCCUUUUCGCGUUUUACGUCGAAUUCGACCAAAUAUUUACCUACAUUCACUUCACACACGUGAACAACUGUCAUCGAGCAGGCCUCAGUUGUUCAAAAGGAUAACGCUAUCCACUGGAUAGCGCAAUUGGAUUUUCUAAUACUUAGCCGCUGGAUAGUGAUUUAAAGGGAAGAUAGCGCUACCAAACGUUUGAAACUGACUGAGGAAAGCUGCCAAAGGCCGGUAACUUUACAUUUCUUGAGUGCUGUGACCUAGAAAUGUUUACACAGAAAUCAGACGAGUUUACGAAUAAUUAGUAAAUUAGUCACGAAGCUCCAGCAAGAUAAUUUUCUCGUUUCACUAACAAUAACUUCAGAGCUGAUAUGAGUGGAAAUGAAAAGCAAGUUGAUUACCAAUAAUUCAGUACCAUCGAAUCCUCAAAGACACUCAGUCAAAGUAUUCAUUGAAGACGCUUAACGGGUUCAAGAUGCGCUGGCUGGUUUUUCUCGCACUUUCUGUUAUAAUAUCAUAUGCCGCGAAUGGCGCCAAACCGUCAAACUUAAGCAAUAACCAAACACCUCUUCCAACAGACUGCAAACAGCCUUCGCCGAAUGUGACCGAAGUCUGCGACAACGCCCUCAAGAACAUGGAAACGAAGCUGGAAAAACUCAUCGCUAACAAGCUGGAAACAAAGCUGGAAAAACUGCUCCAACAGAACUUGGAAACAAAGCUGGAAAAGCUCACUGCGACGUGCCAGGACGCCUUCAAGAGAGUGGAGUCGAAGCUGGAGAUAAUCAUUGCACAGUCUAACAAAACUUUAUUGUCAGGUACAGUGUCCUUCAUAGUAAUUUUUAGAAAGUUUGACAUAUCGGUGAAUUUUGCCUUUUAAUCUAACAAGGUUUUUUUGUUCAGUCAUGUCCACUUCUUGCAAAAUUAAGGAACUGUACGAUGUACACAAGUAAGUUCAUUUCAGUCAAUGCUUAUUUUCCUGUAUUUUCAAAUUUGUGUGAUUCAUGUUUUCAUCCCACCUUUACCAGCCAUUCGAGCGUGUAGUAGAAAAAAUCGAAACAUCCUAACAAAAAAAACAGCGACGCACAGAGUAAAAAAAAUGUUCAUCUACAAAUAGAUGGCAGAACAUGAUGACAAAACGAUUAAAUAAUCCAAAUCAUUACACAUUUUGCAUCAAGAUUUCCAGUAAGAAAAAUCGAACUUUGCUCACAAAAAGUGAUAAUUCGAGUCGCAGACUAGACGUUAGUCCAAAUUAUAUUCCCAAAGCAUCGAUACACCUGAACGCCUUGGUUUUGAUAUUUGAGUACGUUUUCAAUAUUUGACAGAAUUCGAAAUUAGACCACGACUUCUAGUCACGUUCUAUGAAUGACAGGAUUGCUUUGCUUGACGUUGAUUCGCAAAGAGUAAGAACACAUAUUUUAGGCUGUCAAAUUAUCUCUUCUCCAACAGGUUUACGACAAGUCGAGUGUAUACACUGAAGUUUGGUUCACGAACGAUUCCUGUUUACUGUCGCAUGGGAGACUUUGGAUGCGGAGAUGGAGGAUGGACGCUGGCCAUGAAGAUUGACGGCACAAAGGUACACGUCUUACAAGCACGUCAUUCCAUGUUUGUGAUAUGGAUAUUAAUUUUCUAAUUUCCGUUUUCAGAAAACUUUUCAUUAUGAUUCUCACCUCUGGAGCAACAAAAAUACAUACAACAUUGCAGGAGGAAGGACCGGGUUUGAUUCACAAGAGACCAAGUUGCCAACCUACUGGAACACAGCCUUCUCCAAGAUCUGCCUGGGUAUGAAGAUCGGCCACCAAUUACGGUUCGUUACUAUCAACAAGUACGCCACUUCGUUGUACUCUCUGAUCGCUGACGGCCAAUACCGCGCCACCUCACUGGGUCGUAACAAGUGGAAGACGCUGAUUGGUUCACAGGCCUCCUUACAGACCAACUGUAACAAGGAAGGGUUUAAUGCUAUCUGCAGCUCUAAACGAAAUUCUAAAGCAAGAAUUGGUAUCACCAGUAAUGAGGUCAAUGAUUGUGUCGGGUGUGACUCAGGAUCGGGUUUGGCACUGGGGGAAUCCCCGAUAACAGCAAUACAUGUGGGAAUGACGCUGCAUGGUCACCAGACAAUGGAGACAAGCACAUCAAGACUAUGGGUUACAUCUUGGUUCAGUAAUAAAAGCUAA